AUGUUUUUAAAUUUAAAAUGUAAUAAAAGUUAUUCUUCUGUUGCAAGUGGCAUAAUACAUUCUCGAAAGAAAGAAGUUGAAGAUAACCGUCAACAUGUUUAUUACUUAUUGAAAACUACUUUAUAUUUAGCAAAACAAGGCAUACCAUUCCGAGGACAUGAUGAGAGUAAAGAAUCAUCAAACCGUGGAAAUUAUAUUGAACUCUUAAAUAUGUUUUGUGAUGAUAAUGUUAAAUUAAAAUUAGAAUCCAGAUAUGGACAUUAUACAUCUCCCGAGUAUCAGAACGAUUGUAUUAAAAUUAUUGCUUCUAUCACAAGGUCAAACAUAAUUCAACAAAUUUCACCAAUUGGUGCCUUUUCUAUUCUUGUGGAUGAAACUAAAGACACUAGUAAAAAAGAACAGCUGUCAUUUGUAAUCAGGUUUGUUGACAAUGAGUUUAAUGUUUUUGAAAAAGCUUUGGGUUGUUACCACAUGGUUAAAUGUAAUGCUUCAGCUCUUAGUCAAGAAAUCCAAAAAAUUGUGAUAGAAAAUAAUUUGGAUAUCAACAAGUGCAUUGCUCAAUGUUAUGACGGAGCAUCGGUUAUGAGUGGAGUGUUCUCGGGAGUACAAAAACGAAUAGCAGAUGUAGUACCACAAGCUAUAUUUGUGCAUUGCUAUGCUCACCGCCUGAACCUUUGUUUAAUUCAUUCAAUUCAAAACAACAGUAUUGUGGUUAAUUUUUUUGAUACAGUCCAGUCUUUGUAUAAGUACUUAAUGAGUGGACAUACUCGCUAUGAAAUUUUUAUGAAAGUUCAAGAGGAUAAAAACUUAAAAGCAAUUCAUUUAGAACGACUUGUGGAAACUAGAUGGUCUUACUGGCAUACUUCUUUAUAA